CGCGCUCCAGAGGACUUGUGCGCUCGUCAGGCCACAACCGCAGCGCGGCACAAGACCAACGGGGAAGAGGAAGGCAGUGAGCUGUUCCGCACCCGCCGCCCGCCCGUCUCAUCUGAUGAGGAAGGUCUGCCCGAACCUCGAGCGCGACGACGCGCUGGACACGGUGCUGGAGGUGCCCAUCCCCGAGGAGAUGUUCUCCGGCGGCGGCGGCGGCGGCGGCGGCUCCUGCGGGUUCAGGUUCGGCUGCACCAGCGUCAAGGCGUGGAUGCGGUCGCACGCCGCUGACCGGUGCGGCGCGGGCGAGCCGUGCUCCAUGAGCCGCGGGGAGCUGCAGCUCAUGCUAGGCGUCAUCGGCGCGCCGCUCGUCCCGCUGCCCGUCGCCGUCUGCUGCCGCGCCGAGCAGUCGCCCUGCUCCGUCCUCUGCGAGCAGCUCAAGACCGGUCCAAUCGAGUCGUCGUCCGCCAAGUACAUCGUGCAGCAGUACGUCGCGGCGUCGGGCGGGGAGCGGGCGCUGGACAGGGUCAAGAGCAUGUACGCGAUGGGCAAGGUGCGGAUGACGGCCGCGGAGCAGCUCAACGGCAGCGACGCCGCCGGCGGCCACUGCGGAGGAGCCACCGGAAAGGGGAACCGCGGCGGGAGGAGGAAGGGCCGCGGCGGCGAGGUCGGCGGGUUCGUGCUGUGGCAGAAGAGGCCGGAGCUGUGGUGCCUAGAGCUCGUCGUGUCCGGCUGCAAGAUCAGCGCCGGCAGCGACGGAAAGGUCGCGUGGCGCCAGACGCCGUGGCACCAGUCCCACGCUUCCCGCGGCCCCCCGCGCCCGCUCCGCCGCUCGCUCCAGGGCCUCGACCCGCAGCUGACGGCGAGCCUGUUCGCGGACUCGGUGUGCAUCGGCGAGCGGAGCGUCGACGGCGAGGACUGCUUCGUGCUCAAGGUGGAGGCGGAGGCGUCCAGCCUGCGCGCGCGCAACAGCGGCAGCGUCGAGAUCGUCCGGCACACGCUGUGGGGCUACUUCAGCCAGCGCACGGGCCUGCUGGUGCAGCUCGAGGACUCGCACCUGCUGCAGAUCAGGUCCGGCGGCGGCGGCGGCGGCGGGAGCAUCUUCUGGGAGACCACCGUGGAGUCCCGCCUCGGCGACUACCGCGCCGUCGACGGCGUGAACAUCGCCCACGCCGGGCGCACCGCCGUCUCGCUCGUCAGGUUCGGCGACUGCCAGCAGGACGGCAGCAGCGCCAGGACGCGCAUGGAGGAGACGUGGGACAUCGAGGAGGUGGACUUCAACAUCUGGGGCCUGUCCAUGGACUGCUUCUUGCCGCCCAGCGACCUCCGGGAGGGGGGCAAGGAGAGCCAGGACGUCGCCGUCGCUGUCGCCAAGGCCGAUGCGCGACCCCCGCCGAUAAGGAUACCUGCGGUGGCCGUGCGCGUCGGGCCCUCGCAGGUGGCUGCCGUCAGCAUGGACGACUCGGACUCGCUCAUCGCGAGGCCAUGACUACUCCUGCCGUACCCGUACGUACGUGCUUACAGUGCUGAGUGAAGAGCAAGUAUACGUGGCACUUGUUAGUUGUUACUACAGGAUCAUACUUGUCGCAAGAUCUGUAAAUAUAUUGCAGUUUGAGAUUUUUCCCCCUUCGAGAGGUGUCAGGUGUGGAUUUACCUCAGCUAGAAUUGAGGCCAGAAGCAGUAGUGAGUAAUCCGAACUAGAUGUUCGGCGUAUAGCUGCAUUGUAAAUUCUAAUGAACUAGUCCUGUAAAUCUGAAAGAAAAUCCCAGUUCUUCUGCCCAGUCAC